GGCAGAUCUGACCCAGCAGGUUUGAGAGUGCAGCAAAGACUCCAGGUACCUGCCGACACACAGACAGGUGAGACGGACAGGUGAGACGGACAGGUGAGACGGACAGGUGAGCAGCAGCAGUCAGGAGCUCUGGUCAAGAUGACUCCUCCCCCUCCUGUCCCCAAGCCUCGGGCUCGCUACACGAGGGAUGGUCCAGGCUCCGCCCCUUCUGAGGACAGAGCCCUGAUUGGUGACAGUAACCUGCAGCCAACAUCAACCAAUGGAGCUCACCUGAGCACAGGUGAUGCAGCCCUUCCUGUUCCUCCUGGAGGGUCGACUAAUGGUGCCAACUUCCCGACUCUUGCCGGUAUCACUGACAUCAUCGCCAACAACAUCCCGUCGUUGGCUGGACUGGCCCACUCCAUUGGUGGCUCCGGCCCUACAGCGGCGGCAAGCCCGCCCCCCACAGCCCCCCCCUCCAUAGACAGCAUCACUAACAGCAUCGGGGCCCACAUUCCUAGCUUAGCGGGAGCUGCUAGCACUGUGGCUAACCCUGAUGGAACCCUAGACUCCGCCUCCACCAGCACACCUGUACCUGAAGCUAACAAAGGAGCUGUUAAAUUAGAUAGCAUCUUUAGCUCCAUAGCUAACAUGCCUGGAUUUACAGGAAUGAUGGAUAGUGUGACCCUGCCCACUGCAUCACCGUCAGCCCCUCCACCGCCACAGAGCAUCAAUGGAGACUCACCUGCAGGUGUGAAGCAGAGUCCUCAUCCAAUCAGAGACCGGGAUCCGUACGUCACCGUUUUGGCUUCUUGGGCAAGCCAGGAGGAGAUGGAUACUGACUCGUCCAAUGAGGAGGAGGAAACAGGAGUUAGCCUGGCCCCCUCUGAAGCAGGGGGUCCAUCAGAAGGAGAUCCUGCUGCCAACACGUCUAUAAACACCAGCAACACUCCUUCAGGUCGUCUCAUCCCCACCCGGCCGGCCCCGCCCCCUCCUGUUAAUCCAGGCAAAACAGAGAAGCCUACGAAACAGAAGAAACCAAGAGCCGCCACCAUCAGAGUGUCACGGAAAAAAGGAGGCAGCAAGAGUUCAGCCCCACAGAGCGCAGUGGUACGAUCCAGCUGGUUGGAUGUCUGGAAGGGAUUCAGACAUAAUGUUUUAUGGGCGUCGUUGGACGGUCAGCUGAUGUCCCUGUGGAAGAAGCGUACGGAUCGUUUCAGUGAGCUGCUCUUCCAUGUCUCCAGUAUCACCAACAUAAAGAAACAGGAUAAAGGCAGAUUCUCUGUUUACUUCAGGAAGAAACACUACGACUUCAUGGCUCACAGUGACGAGGUCCAUGAAGGCUGGGUCACAUCUCUCUUGGCAUGUAGAGGCCAGCCAAGUCCCGACCCCCCGGUACACCAUGGACCAAUCACCAUCAAGGACCCUCGAAGCCGUGUCUACGCCGCUCUGUGGGGUCAUGACCUCUGGAUUUACCCCAACAAGGAGGGCUUUCAGCUGGGCAUCGCCUCGUUCUCUGUCCCCCUGAACGUGGCCACAGUGAAAUCUAUAGGGAAACACUCGUUCAGUCUCAUUACGCCAUACAAGAGUUUCAAUCUCUCAGUUGAUUCGUCGAAGGAUCUGUCUACCUGGAUAGACACUCUGUCUUCAUCUAUCAGCAGUGCUCUGUCCAACAGCCAGGUGGCGCUGCGUCUGUGGGAGAACCCUGACAAUAAAGUGUGUGGUGACUGUGGAUCAGCCAAUCCUGAGUGGGCAUCAGUCAACCUGCUGUUGGUCGUGUGUCAGGCCUGUGCAGGUGUGCAUCGAGCUCUGGGCAGUAACCUGUCCAAGAUACGCAGUCUGAAGAUGGACAGCAAGGUGUGGACCGAACCACUUGUACAGCUUUUUGUUACUUAUGGUAACCGGCUGGCCAAUCAGGUGUGGGCCCCGGCAGUGCCGGCGGCGGAGCAGCUGCGUCCAGAGUCGUCUGAUGAGGAGAGGUCAAGGUUCAUUCAGGAUAAAUACAGCAAGGGGCGCUACAGACGAGUCCAUGCUCUGGCCUCAUCUCAGUCUCUGAUGGACCAGCGUCUUCGUGAGGUGGUGGUGUGUGGAGAUAAGGUGGAGGAAACCAUGUCAUUGAUCUGCUCCGGAGCAAAGGUGGCUCAGGCAGACCUUCAGAGCCCCUCCCCCAUCCUGCUGGCUGAGAGAGCCAAUCAGGCCCAACAGACCGAGCUGCUCCGCCUCAACAAUUACACAAAGGUUCCACCUUACCAGCCACAGUCAGCCAACAGGAGGACUGACUCCGUCCCCUCAGGUGAGGAGGAGGAGGAGCUUCACGGUAAACUGGAAGACGAUCGCUUCCUGUUCUCGUUAGAAAAUGACUCAGCGGCCUGUGACGUCCUCGACCUACGAGAAAUUCUCUCCGUGUUCCUCCAACAAGGUGACGGUCAUGAGUUUAAGUUGGUGACUCUCAAUGAUCAGCUGAUCUGUAAUGCUGACGACCAUGAGGCCUUAAUGAGUCACAUGAUCCACAUCCUGAAGGUGAUUCUCCCGGGAGGUGUGUCUUAUGCUGAAGUGGGAGGGGCAUCUGCUGCCAGUAAAGUGUCAGUUAUGGAGGUGGGCGGAGUCUCAAGUCACUACGAUGCCUGGUUGUUACUGUGGGAGGACGGUGUCAGCGUUCAUCCUGUCAACAAAAACACUCAGCAGACCAUCACGAUGGAACUGAGCACGCUCAGUAACCACGCCAUGGACCAAUCAGAAAACACCAUCACCAUGGCAACCACAGACAGGAAAGUGGCAGUGCGUUUCGAGGAGCAGCACAGCUGUCAGGCAUGGUUUGAUCACCUGCAGAGGGCACUGACCAAUCAGGGAGCAGCUCCACAGCGUCCUUCAGCCAAACAAGGCACAGCUUAUCCUUCCCUCUACCCACAGAUGGAUGUGGUCUCCAGAGGGUCAGUCCCUGCUGCCAUCGAAUGCUGCAUCUCACACGUCACCGCACACGGUCUGAAAGUGGAGGGUGUUUACCGCCGCUGUGGUAUCGCCACCAAAGUCACCCGGUUGGUGGAGAUUCUUAUGACAUCACCUGACUCUGCCCCUCUGGAGGCUGGUGAGCAGGGUGUGUUGGACGCUGGCUCCGCCCUCAAACAAUAUGUCCGCCAACAAGAGAGUCUGAUCCCGGAAAGAGAACUACAAAAAUGGCUGCAUGCUGCUGGUCUCUCUGAUGAACGGUCCAGGUUUUCAGCCUACAAACAGUUGCUUCAUCAACUCCCUGAUGAUAAUCGAGUGACGCUGAACGCUCUGUUUGGACACUUCUACAUGGUCCAGGUGUUCUCCCAGGUAAACAAGAUGUCUGCCCAUAACCUGGCUGUGGUUCUGGUGCCCACGCUGUUUCAGACCAUGAACCAGGACCUGCUGCGUCUGACCCGAGAGUUCAUCAUCCACCACACACUGCUCUUCCUGGAACCCCUGACGGGGCCCUGUCUCAGGGCUCGCUAUAGUUAUGCUGUGUAGCAUGUUUGCAUCAUUCCUGUGAAUAAAAACCUCGGGAACCCCCGAUGGAGGUCAGCAAGAGGAGGAGGAGGAAGAGGAGAUCACCGCCUUAUAAAAAGGAGAAGAAAAAGACGAGGAGGAGGACCGUGUUCAGCUGUCAUUCAUAUAGUCUUUUUAAUCAGCUGAUUGUUUCAGAGGUUGAAAUGUGUAAAAAUUAGAAAUUUUAAUUUUUGAUUUUUCUUUUAGUUUGUUUUGAGUAAACAUGGCAGUUAAACUCAUUAUAGAAUGAAACGGUUGGUAAAUAUCACAGCACCCCCAACAGCUUCCUGUAUCAAACUACUCAAUGAAAAUAAUAAAAUGU